ACAAAAUUCUCAUGCUUUUAUCUUUAUUUUCAUUUUCAUCUUCAUCUUCAUCUUCCUCAUUCAUUCACUUAUUCAAACACUAUGUAUUCUGUUUCUUAUUUGAAAGUCUGUAUUAUUGCAAUAACCAAAGUGUCAACAACAAACGAUCAUUAUCGAAUAUGAGUUUGAUUAAAUUACAAUUAAUCUUUUGUUGCCAUUUAAACGCAAAUAACGUUCGCAGUGUUGAUUACAAUAUUGAAUCGGCAGUUAUGAGUAAAGAAGUAUCGAACAAAGUGUCUUCCAUGCAGCUACAAUCGGAUUUGUUUAGCAAACCAAAUUUAGCGGUCGUAUUGCAUGGCAAAAAUGAUUUACGAUUACAGGAAUGGCCAUUACCAGAUAAACUUGGUCCAUAUGAAGUGUUGUUGAAAUCGCAUAGUACUGGAAUUUGUGGCACCGAUCUUCAUCUGUGGCGUUCCGCUCAGGUGGCCAGUUUCCAAUUGAAUCGUCCGUUCUGUUUGGGUCAUGAACCAUCGGCUGUGGUCAUGCAAUGUGGUCAGCAAGUACAUCAUCUAAAACCGGGUGAUCGUGUUGCCAUUGAACCGGCCAUUCCAUGUUUGAAAUGUGAUUUUUGUCGUUCAGGUCGCUACAAUCUUUGUCCGGUAUCGAAUAGACAAUCACAUGGCCUGCCAAAUUCUGACGGUUCACUACGUCGUUAUUACACACAUCGUGCAGAUUUCUGUUUCAAAUUACCUGACUGCAUUUCGCUGGAAGAAGGAGCUCUAGUCGAAGCAUUGGCCGUGGUCAUACACGCAUGUCGUCGUGUCAUAGUUAAUGUUGGUGAUUCGGUUCUCAUUUGUGGUGCAGGACCGGUUGGUGUUAUGGCCAUGUUGGCUGCAAAAGCAUACGGUUGUCAUCAGGUUUGCAUUACCGAUAUCAAACGAUCGCGGCUAGAUUUGGCCAAAAAAAUGGGCGCCGAUCAUGUUUAUUGCAUCGAUACGACCAAAACAAUGAGUGAUAAACAAUUGGCCACCGAAAUUGCCGAAAUGAUGGGCCAGACAGCCGAUAUCUGCAUCGAAUGCUCAGGGUUCGAAUCGUCACAAUCGAUGGCCAUUCAUGCUACACGUCCUGGUGGACGUAUUGCUAUAGUUGGCUUGGGUGCACCGGCCAAUCGUGUUCCGCUAUCGACGGCGACAAUGAAAGAAAUUGAUUUGAUUGGAGUCUGCCGCAUUAAAGAUGAUUAUCCACUAGCAAUACGGUUGAUUGAAACUGGUCGAAUCAAUGUGAAACCAUUGAUAACACAGAAAUAUCCAAUCGAAAAGGCUUUGGAUGCUUUCCGAUUGCUUCAAGCAGGCACCGAAGGUGUCAUGAAAGUAUUGAUUCAAUAUGACGACUGAAUUGAUUACAUACAAAAUUGAUUAAAAUGUACGACAAGAAUCUAUCAA